UUGACAGUCGGUAAUUAUUUAUAUUUAAGAUAGGUUGCAAUUGUAAAGUGUAAACAGACAAUAUUUUUCCUCUCAGAUGUAACUAACUAACCAUAAGUAUACACUUUUUAUUAUUUCAGGUAUAUUUUCAUAUUGUUUAAAUUAUGAUCCGGAAUUUUACGUUAUCAAUAUUGAAGAAUCUGCAUUUGGAAUCCUCUCAGUUCAGUACAAUGGCGAGCAGAAAAUUAGCUGUGUGUCAAAUGACUUCAAUUGCAGAUAAAUCAGCAAAUUUAAAUGUUGUCAGUCAGUUAAUAAGCGAUGCUGCAAAAGACGAUGUUAAGAUGUUAUUUUUCCCUGAAUGCUGCGAUUAUAUUUGUGAGAACAAAGACGAAACAAUUAGAUCGGCUGAAAAUCUUUUGACGGGUGAAACUGUUAAGAAAUACAGGGAAUUGGCCGCUACGCACAAUGUGUGGUUGUCAAUGGGCGGAUUACAUGAAAAGGAUGAAGCGAGCGUAGAUAAGAUAUUCAAUACACAUAUAAUAAUUAAUGAUAAAGGCGACAUAGUACAAACAUACAGAAAAUUACACUUGUUUGAUGUUGACAUACCGGAGAGAAAUAUACGUCUGAAGGAGAGCGACUUCUGUAACCCCGGGGGGCAUAUAGUUGCGCCUGUUGACACACCGAUUGGCAAGAUUGGCCUUUCAAUAUGUUAUGACCUUCGAUUCCCCGAGCUCAGUACAUCUCUAAGUAUGAUGAAAGCUGAAAUACUAACCUAUCCUUCUGCCUUUACUUAUGCUACUGGCUUGGCUCAUUGGCAUGUAUUAUUAAGAGCAAGGGCAAUAGAGAAUCAAUGCUACGUGGUAGCGGCGGCUCAAACGGGGCAGCACAAUGCUAAAAGACGCUCCUUCGGACAUGCGCUCGUAGUGGACCCGUGGGGCGAAGUCCUAGCCGACUGCGAAGACUCCGCUCCUUGUUACAAGGUUGUCGAAAUUACUGAUAGAUUGCAAGAAGUGAGGAAAAACAUGCCCGUGUUCCAACACAGACGGCCGGAUGUGUACUCCCUGUAUUCUUUAAGUAUCCGCAACAAACCGUUCAAUGAGCCUCCGCCCCCGCCCCCCCGGUCUGCGCCCCUCGCCACGACCGGAAACGUGUUCGGUCACGUAUCCGUUCCGGAAACGUGCGUCUUCCACAAGUCAGAACUCACUUACGCGUUUGUCAACUUACGUUGUGUGACCCCGGGCCAUGUAUUGGUAGCUCCUAUAAGGUUGGCGGAGAGGAAUAAAGAUUUGACAGGCGAAGAAGCAAGUGACUUCUUUAAAACCGUCAGACUAAUACAAAACCUAAUGGAACGAGUUCACAAUACAGAGUCGUGUACCGUCACUAUACAGGACGGACCAGACGCGGGGCAAACCGUGAAGCAUCUGCACUGCCAUAUAAUGCCAAGGAAGAAAGGAGAUUUCAUUGAAAAUGAUUUGAUAUACUUGGAACUAGCGAAGCAUGAUCAGAUGAGGUCAGGUCACCCAGCGAAGCCAGCCAGGAGUUUGGAAGAAAUGGAAGCAGAAGCGAAAUACCUCAGAGAAGAGUUGAAGAAGAUGACUGAGACCAGCUAGCCAGGAGAUUAGAGAGAUGUAAAUAAUAACAGCGAGGGAAAAUAAAAUAUAUAUUAAUAUUAA